CGCCCACCGAACGCAUUCAUGCUCUACCGUUCACACAUGCUCAAGAGCCGGGGAAAUGCUGACCCUGAGAAGCGUCAGCAGAAUCUCAGCCGCAUCGCAGGGCAGCUUUGGAGAGCUAUGAGCAAAGAAGACAGAGCUGUGUGGCAUAAGAAGGCAGCGGAAGUCCAAGCUGCACACUGUGCGAAAUAUCCUGGCUACAAAUUC